AAUGCAGUGGUAUGGUUCUCCGUGUUCCAUUUCGCCGGUAGGUGCAUGUGAAGCAUCGAAAUCCUCAGGCUGUCCAUGGAGGGUUUUAUUGUCUUCUUCCAAUUCAAGGCCGAAGGGUGAUCGCUGUUGUUGCACGGUAUCGACGCCCUGGACAGUUGGAGUAUAAAGCAUUCAGUAUUUUUGUGCGCGAAUAUGCAGAGAUAUUGGGUUUGGGUGAGAAUUUGAUAUGGGCUGUACGCGAUGAUUUAGUUAAAUGGUUGGAUGCUCUUGUGCAUAAUUCAUUUAUGCGCUACAGUGCUGCAGGUGUCGAACGGUGUUGGUAUAUCAAGCACAUGUCUCAGCUCUAUGUGUUUGCACCAACUAUGCUAUUGCCUCAAGGUUUGCGUGCUUCUUUCGAAGGCAUUGGUAGGACUACUUGGAUUUUGAUAAGACAUGGAUGUAAAGCUUGGCCUAUUCAAGUUGUGGAUGGUGUGAUGCGGAAUGGUUGGCAUGAGUUCCGUACGGCCCAUGCCAGGACAACUAAUUACAUGUACAGGCUUAUUUUAGCAUGUCAGCGGAGAUGGAUUUUCAAUGCAAUAAUUCUUGAUCAAAAUGAUCUUGAAGUCUCGUAUGAUUGGACAAUGUUACUAAAUGAACAUUGGCGUGAAUUCCAUGCUCUUCAGGGUCAUAUUGUGACUGCUUGUCUGCCAUCGACAAUUCAACAAAAUCUCCUGCUCAUGAAGUCUGGAUAUUGGUGCAUGCCACAAACGAAUAAUCUUCUGGACUUUCAGGGUAGGCUUCAGACUGUGCUUGACGAUCUAAAUCUGGAGGUUAUUUCACUUCAACUCUAUGAUUAUGUGUUCAUUACUAUGUUACCAAAUCUUGACGUUAGAGUUGUCAUCCUUGAUACUGCAAAUGAUAGGGAGAGGAUUUAUGACUGGCUUUAG